AUGGCAAAGAUGAAAGGUUCUGAAACUCCUGGAAGAACUUCUUUUGGUAGCUUCUCCGGAAGAAGAACACGAGGUUUAGGUCGUGCUUUAGCUAGGGUUAUAGGGCGAGGUAGACAGGAUAAGCAUGAUGCAAUUGAUGUUGCCCGGAGACGUAGGCCUACUGCAUCAGCCCGUAGGCAACAUGUACAUAUUGUGGUUGAUGAGGGUGUUCCUCAAGUGAUUGAGGAUGUCCUUCAUAUGGCUGACGAUGUUCCUCAGACGAGUAAAGAUGCGCCUCAGAUGACUUCGGACGUAGAUGCGACUGUUGCAGAGGACUUAGGUCGUGAUAGUGCUAAGGGGUCACAUGCUGAUGAGGGAUUCCCUGGUGGGCUCCAUGACCCAUCAGUUCUGACUUCAUUUGCGAAGCAUGAGUGUCUUGAGCUGAAUUUGGUGUCGCACGAGAGGAAGGUGGUGUUAAUUGGAAGGCCAGUGCCUGAGAUUGAAGGGCUGGUUACCACCACAAGAUUAAGUCCAUUGAUCGGGUGUUCAGUUGUAACCGACGAUCCUGGACUUAUAUCCGUAUUUAUGGAGAGGUGCCACAGGGAGACCAACACCUUCCACCUUCCAGUAGGAGAGUUGACGAUCACACUAGAUGAUGUGUUGUCGCUCCUCUAUCUCUCUAUCAGUGACGCCUUCCACAACUUCGAGGCUCUUUCCAUGGACGAGGCAAUAUUUUUGUUGAUGGAGUUGCUUGAGGUGUCCGGUGAGGAGGCUAGAGUCGAGACAGUACAAGCGCGCGGGACAUAG